AUGUUGGUCGUCUACUCAGCACCACAACGUUCCUGGUUCACGCCCGCCCAACGUGCUUCAUCGUCCGCCUUCGAAGCCAUGCCUCCUCGACCAUGCACCGACCGCCGUUUGCCGGUCCAGCCGAGUCGGGAGGAGUCGCUACGACGCCUAGUCCUUUGCCAUUCCAUGGCCAAGAAGAUCAAGUACGCCAAAGAAGAGGUGGGUCUUAUAAAUAUUGUCAUAUAGGUCUUAUAAAUAGUGGCAUAGGCUAAAAUUUUCAUUAUUUUUUCGUUUUUUUCACUUUUUAAAAAUUUUUUGAUUAAGAAUAAGUUUUAGUACUGUUAGUACUAGUUGGUAGUUUACUAAAUGUUAAAUAUAAUACAAUAAACUUUAUUCUUUUCUCUUCAGGAAGAACGUCAACGUCGCAAAAUGGAGCAAAAACGCCGCGUUCAACAUGUGAAACAGUUGAACUCGUCGAGAUUGUAUGCUCUGCAAGACGAAGUAAGUAUCUAAAUUUGUUUUAAUAGUACUAAUAAGGUUUUCAACACUUUUUUUAUUAAGUGACUCAUUUUGAAUUAUAUUAAAGAUAAAAAAGUUUAAAAAGUCUUUUUUAAUUUGAUGUUUGGAGACAAUCGGCGUACUUUACCCAUAACUUUUUGACCGGUUAAUAUUUUUGGAAAAGUGUUUUACCAUGUGAUACCAUGUUAUCUUUUCAUGAUUUUACGGGAUUUUUAGAAUUUUUGAUGAUACGUCUAAAAAGUUAUGGCAGUUUGAAUUCAAUGACCUCUUAUAUCCAAACUUUUCAAUUUUUUGAAAUUUCUUUGGUCAUAAUUAAAAAAUUUGAAUACCAAACAAUAUGAAACUUACAAAGUAGCUUCUAAAUAGUCUUCUAAACCACCACCUCAAAAAUAAUAAAAAUCAACCGACAUUAACCUUAUUAAAAAUCAAAAAAAGUCUUUAUCACCCAUAUUAACCACCCCGCUUUCAGCACCUCACUCUUCCGAAACGCCGGCAUGUCGAACUGUCGUUGAUCGACGACCUGUGCCAACCCAUGGAUCGGUCCAGCGACCCGCUUCAGCCGCUGUUCCACUCAUCGCCUUUCGAUGAGCCUGCGGACGAUAUGCCACCAUUGAUUCAGAGCGUGGUGGACUUCCUGAUGGACGCCUGA